AUGGUUUGGGCAGCUGAAGCGGUCAAGAGAGUCAAGAAGUGCAUCGACCAGUUGUUGGGUCUGGAUGGCAUGGCUACUUCCGAGCAGAAUGGAAGAGUCCAGGUCACAGCUCGAGCUUCAACGUCUCAAGCUGACACUAUACAAAGCAUCGACGUGGAUGGCACGAAGCCUGCAGAGCUAAUCGAGUAUCUCUGUGAUCAUCUCAUCGGGGUUUGGCCAGUCUCUCCAACCGACAGCACGAUCACGUGCAAAGCGUCCUUGGUUCUGAACCCCGAUACGCUGGAAGUUGCCGAGAUCGUCGCACUCGGUAAGAUCAUUGCUGAGUUGAACACUUCUUUUGACAAAUACGGAAACCCGAGCAGACGAAGAUCCUUGUCACCCGAUCUCAGAGCCAAAUUCGAGAAGUUCGACGGCAACAGAGAACUCAGUCCAGAUCGGCUCGAAAGUCUCGAGCACUUGGGACUUCGCGUACCCGGUUAUGAUAAUACACCCUGGCAGAAGGGCAUUAUCCCAGCCAUCUUCGACCGCUUGGAUCCACUGUUCGCUCUGGCAGAACUUGGCAUACGACGAUGGUUCGUAGGCCGUGGGUCGGUUGACGAAGGUGGAAGAAUGGAAAGAAGAGCGAGGACCAUCGGAACGUGGUACAACAAUGCUCUCGUCGAUCGAGCCACCUCAGACGCUAUGUAUUGCAUCCUGGAUCCUCUCCCCGAUGACCUCGCUGACCACUAUGCUUACGUCAAAGAGUAUUCCCGCUUCGUCAAGGAAGAUAUCCGCCACCAUCCGGCCGUCGGCGAGUACAACUCACAAGGCCGACACCCAUCCGAGUUCUUGAAUGGUCUUCCUCGCAUUGCAAAGACCGGAUGCUACAACAGCAUAGCCUCUCUGGAGGUAACAUUUCAUCGAAACGUGGAUGAGGCGAACACAGCGAUUCUAUUGAUAGUUAUCUCCCGACACAGCAAGCCAAACAUCGAAAGAUACUUCGUCGGUGCACGUGUCAAUAAAGAAUUUGUCGCGGCCGGUGCUGGUAUGGAGCUGCUCGCUCAGCAGCAAGGUCAAACCGACAAAGAGGCUGCCAAGGAAAAGCACAUUGACUGGACCAUGUUCACGGCAUACCAGUCACCACAUACUAUUCACUUCAUACCCUUCACAGCAGCACAAUCACCCCUCACCAGUCACCACCACCCUAUUGCCCACCUCCACGCACUCCUCGACUUCACCAUGUUCUCCUCAACCACUACCAGCAUCAUCGCGGCCAUCAUCGGCUGCCCUCAAUGCGAUGACGAUCACGAUGACAUUCGGCGCAUCAGCAUCUACCCACCAGCAAGCGAGAUGCUGAGACGGCGUCCUGACUAUUUACCAGGCCGCUCCACUAUGGAGCUGCUGGUCGCGAUGUUGGCUCUAGCUUUCGCGUUGCGCGUGCCGACGCUGUCACUGGGUCGCGAACAGAAGUCUGGCCAACGGGAUUACUUCCAUUCUCGCAAUGUGAAGAUUGACAAGCAGACUACCGUCCUCGGCUUUGACUCGACAGUGAGCAAGGCAGUAGCGUCGGUUCCGGUGCCACUGGAUACCAAGAUCAACCACACAUCGCGCUUGCAGGACAACUUCGGGGUCGCGCUGAUAGUUCUGCUCCCACAGACACAGAAUCUGAACGUGGUUGAGGCAUGCACCGUGUUCAUGCGGGUCGAAGACACGCCCCAAUCGACUGAGGCGUAG